UCUACACUUCAUCAUGUGGCAUGUUUGCAAUUACUUUAUCCAGUUUACGAUCAUCGGCGUCUUGCUCGCACAAAGUGCAGAAUUGACACCGACCUACUCGACAACAAAUCCACAACAACCUACUACUCGGUGUGGGCGUUACAACGGCACUGUCUGCAAAGAUUUCCUAGAGAGAGGCGUUCGCGUCGUGAUUUCCUCAAACGAAACGCUUCAAGAGGUGGAGAAGCAACUAUCUAAAGCUUUUGCUGAGGUGCUUGAUCGCGAAGACAUACUAGAAAACUGUGCUGACAACGCGAAAGCGCUGCUAUGCCACUGGAUCUUUCCAGCAUGCGGAGACGAUAAUCGCACCCUGUCACUGUGUAAUGACAGUGUCUGCAAUGACAUUCGUGUCAUUUCCUGCUCUCGAGAUUGGACAACGCUUGAGUCCAGAAUUACAGCAAUGGGAUACUUCAACAUCUCCAACUAUAGUUGUGACACAAAUGCAGAAGUAGAGGAAAAUUGUACUGAAGUUGGCUUUCACGAUUCCUGUUUUGUUGGAGAUGGCAGAUCAUAUAGAGGCAAUAGAAACACUACUUUUGAAGGAGAUCCGUGCCAGGCUUGGGAAUCACAGACUCCAUACAGACAUGGUGAUACGCCAGACAAGCACCCUUCUUUGGCUGGACACAAUUUCUGUCGAAAUCCGGAUAAUACCAAAGUAGUUCCAUUCUGCCAUCCUCGAGUUUUAACAGCAAAUACAGACUAUAAUGAAGUCUGUGGAAUUCCAAGAUGCAGAAAUGACCCUCUCUACAAUCCAGGAAAAUGCUUUCCAGUUAACUCAACAUGGUACUGCAGCAAAUUUUUAGAUUCCACAAGACAAAUAUUUGCAGAGUCAGCAGAGUUCCUAGCAGUAGCUGACGGAGAAGCAAAAAUCCUCUUCAACGUUCUGAUAACAAAUCCUGGACUUGUUGCAACAUCUAUGUGCUUGAAACUCUUUGAAUUGAUUAUGUGUCAUCAUUUCUUUCCCUACUGCAGUCUGUCUCCAGGAUUUCCAGCACCCAUUAACGUUUGUCGAGAAGACUGCGAGACUCUGCGAGAUGUCUCAUGCAAUUCUGAGUACUCACUGGCUGUAGACUGGGUUGCUGCCACUGGUUUCAAAAUCUUAACCUUACCAAACUGCGACAGUCUUUCAAAAAUCAAUUACGAUCUACGAUUUGGAGAUCAAGGUUGUUUUGAGCUUGGAUUUUCUAAGAAUACAUCAUAUACAUCAGCAACAUAUGACUGUAUUGAUGUCAACAGUCGUGGUAUUGCAUAUAGAGGAACACAAAACACAAGUGAAAGUGGACGUCCUUGUUUGUUCUGGAGUGAUGUUUACCCACGUUCAACUAAAAUCAAUCCAGAUCAAUUUCCUUCGCUCAGAGGUCAUAACUACUGUCGUAAUCCAGCAGGGAAUGACCAUUUCGGUCCAUUCUGUUACAUCAAAGAGAAUGGACGCAUUAUAAGAGAUCUUUGUAAAAUCCCAGAUUGCAAAGCUAAAAAUGUCGACAAACCUGACAUGAAGCCUAAUGACAAAUUUAGCUUUUCUCUGACUACUACUGUGGCAAUUUCUGUUCCUUGUGGUGUUAUAGCUCUUUUGUCAUUUGUCAUUCUUGGUAUCUUUGUGUAUCGUAAGCGCCUAUCAUCCAAAAGCCAUAGCUAUCCCUCUUUUCAAUCUCCAAUGGAGGCAGAGAUCAACCCAAUGUACCUAACAAUGGAGCUGGAAAACCUCAAUUUACCAGAAGGUUUCAACUUCCCUAGCGAAAACCUUACUUUCUUGGAAGAACUAGGGGAAGGGAAUUUUGGCAAGGUUAUGAAAGCAGAGGCAGUCAACAUCUCAGGUAAAGAGGACACCACCACAGUUGCUGUAAAAACUUUAAGAGAAUCAACAAGUCUAGAGUCGUACAGAGACUUUACAAAAGAAGUUAAAGUCAUGAUGGAUAUUGAGCAUCCAAAUAUUGUACAGCUGUUGGGAGUGUCUGCUCACAUGGAAGGACUGUGUAUGAUCUUUGAGUAUAUGGCAAAGGGAGAUCUCAAUCAACUUCUUCGCUCAGCCUCGCCUGAUGUGACAAUAUCAGACAAAGAAACACAGAUCUCAAUAGAAGAAAUGAUAAUGAUGGCAGAGCAAAUAGCAAGUGGAAUGGUCUACCUUUCACAAAGACAUUAUGUCCAUCGAGACUUAGCAACCAGAAACUGUCUAGUAGCUGAGGAUAACACUGUAAAAUUGGCUGAUUUUGGUCUAACAAGAGACAUCUACAGUAAUGAUUAUUACCGUGUAGAAGGCAAAAGAGCUUUACCAAUUCGAUGGAUGUCUCCAGAGAGUAUUGUCUAUGGCAAAUUCACAGUAAGCAGUGAUGUUUGGUCAUUUGGAAUUGUUCUCUGGGAAAUAUUCACCUUCGGAAAGCAGCCAUUCUAUGGAAUCAGCAAUGAGGAGGUGGUUGAGCUUGCUGCUCACAAGAAAAUCAUAGUCUCUCCACCCCCUACGUGUCCAUUUGCUAUCGGCAACCUAAUGCUGCAAUGCUGCAACACAAAUCCAAAGAAACGGCCGACCUUUGAAGACAUCCAUUCAAACCUCACUGAGAUGCAGUUCCAACAGAAGCAAUUGAGCUAGGAAACAUUUGUCAGCUGUUAACUACUAUAUAUACACUACGUAACUAGAAAUACAUAUAACUAUGCUUCUAGUUAAAACUGCUUAAGCAGCGCAACAUUGCUAUUUCAUAAUAUUUUUCGACUUGCACUACAUCAAAUAUCACUAUCUCGCUUGAAUAAAUUAGUUAACU